CGUAUCGCGCGCGCACGAAUUUUCCUGCUUUACGCGACCGCCUAAAUCCUCGCAAACAAGUGAAAAUAAAACUGCGUUUAACUAAUUAUUAAUUACCGGCGGUGGGAAAUCUCAUCAGUGAAGAAUAAUAGCCACGAUUCGAACAGGUUGGCGUUGCAUUCGUGCGCGUUUCGGUGUCGUGUGCGCUCCGACAAACUUUUCCACACACAUACACACACACGUGGCGCAAUAAUUUAUCGCAAAACUGUUCGGGCAUCGUAAUAGCACUAGUCCACAUUCACAAUUGGAGAAAAAAGCACGAAGUCGUUCACUAGUUUUGCGUGCCUCGUACAAUAAGCACAAAACAACACAAAGUGCAACAGUUAAUAACUUAAUAAGAAAUAUUCGAUUUUUGUGAGGAAAAUCAUUGGAUUAAAAUAUGAGUGAUGAUAAUAUAGCACCAGAUGGCGCUGCGGGUGGAGGCGGAGCUCCUCCGGCGCGUCAAAGACGUCAAUCGUGGGUGCAGCGGUUCGCUGAAGUGCAAGAACGGCCACGACGCAUGUCCAUACGCAGCUUUUACUGGAUCGACGAGGAGGGUUAUCGUAAUCCCGAGAUGACCGUGUCCCUCGAAAACUCCGGCGGUGACCGCAAUGGCACCGCCAAUGGCACCGAUGAUGUCUACACCGUAUCAGUAACCGGUGGUUUUGAUAACGAAGGUUUCUCCAAGUCCGGCGAGAACCUUUCGGACCCAGUGAAGAAACCACGUGAGAUCAGCGAUGAGGAGGCUUCGCAACAGGGCAAAUUCAAACUCUCCCGGAAAGAAAAAUGGCGCAUUUUGAAAAACAUCGGCGCUGUGUCCUUCGCCUUCAUGAUCCAAUUCACUGCCUUCCAAGGGACAGCGAAUCUCCAGUCCAGUAUUAACGCCAAAGAUGGUUUGGGUACCGUAUCCCUCAGUGCUAUCUACGCCGCAUUGGUUGUGAGCUGUAUCUUUGUCCCAACAUUCGUCAUCAAACGCCUGACGGUCAAAUGGACUCUAUGUUUCUCUAUGUUGUGCUAUGCCCCUUACAUUGGAUCUCAAUUUUACCCUAAAUUCUACACUUUGGUACCAGCUGGUGUGUUGUUGGGUAUUGGGGCUGCACCCAUGUGGGCAUCCAAAGCCACUUAUCUCACACAGGUUGCUGGGGUUUAUGCCAAACUAACAGAUCAGUUAGUUGAUGGUAUCAUUGUCAGAUUCUUUGGGUUCUUCUUCCUUGCUUGGCAAACAGCUGAACUUUGGGGAAAUUUGAUCUCUUCACUUGUUUUAAGCAAUCCACAUGGCGGUGGUGGGGGUAACGGUUCCUCCCCAAGUGACACCACCUCCUUUGACACCUGCGGUGCGAAUUUCUGUGUUAUGAACACCAACAGCAAUGAUAACCUCUCCCGGCCUGAUGAUAAGGAAAUCUUCGAGAUCUCUACGAUUUAUCUCGCGUGUAUUUUUGCUGCGGUUGUCAUCGUUGCGGUGUUUGUCGAUCCACUCUCAAGAUAUGGUGAAAAACAACGCCGUAAUAGCACAGCUGAAAUAUCCGGUAUCCAAUUGUUGUCCGCCACGGCGUACCAAUUGAAGAAACCCUAUCAACAACUGCUGAUCCCGAUCACGAUAUGGAUCGGUAUGGAGCAGGCGUUUAUUGGUGCUGAUUUCACUCAGGCAUACGUAUCCUGCGCCCUGGGUAUACCCUCAGUGGGCUAUGUGAUGAUCUGUUUCGGAGUGGUGAAUGCCAUCUGUUCACUACUCUUUGGAUCUGUGAUGAAGUAUAUAGGUCGUCAACCUAUUAUGGCCCUUGGGGCUGUGGUGCAUUGUGCUUUGGUCGGGUGGUUCCUGGUGUGGAAGCCACACCCUUCGAAUCCAUCGGUGUUUUUCAUCGCUUCCGGUCUCUGGGGAGUCGCUGACGCUGUGUGGCAGACGCAAGUUAACGGUCUUUAUGGAACUCUCUUCCGUCGUAACAAGGAAGCCGCCUUCUCCAACUACCGCCUCUGGGAGAGCACUGGUUUCGUCAUAGCGUACGCAUACUCCACACAUCUAUGCGCCCGCAUGAAGCUCUACGUGAUGCUGGUGGUGCUCCUCGUCGGCGUCUUCAUGUACGUCAUCGUCGAGAUUCUCCACAUGCGUAAACUGCGAAGGCAGAAGGAGAAGGAGCGCAAGGCCGCCGCGCUCGAGGCGAAGACGAUGCCGCCACCGCCCGUCGAGCCGGAGGAGACCGACGAUGAAAUCGACGAGAUUGACGACAAGAUUAUCGUCACGCACUUCUAAUCAUCCAGCACAGAAAAAAAAACCAACACACACAAAAUAAAAA